AUGGUAAAUUUUCUUGGAGAAUGUAAUUGGUUUGCUUUAGGAAGUAGAGUCAUUAUAACAACAAGAGACAAACAGGUGCUAACCACUCUUGGAAAAGAUCAUCAAAUUUAUGAGCUUAAGGAAUUGAAUCAAUCUGAAUCUCAUGAACUCUUCAAUUUGUAUGCCUUCCAAAAAAUUGAACCCGAGAAAGAUUAUUCAGAAGUUGCAGAGCAAAUCAUACAUUAUGCCAAUGGCCUUCCAUUAGCUCGUUCUGAUUUGUGUGGAAAAAGUUAUGGAAUUGGAAAACUUAUUGAUAAGUGUCUCAUAACUGUUGGUCAAUCCGGCAAUUUGUGGAUGCAUGACUUGCUUCAACAAAUGGGGAGAGAAAUUGUUCAACAAAAAUCAGAAGAGCUUGGAAAACGUAGUAAGGGAAUCCAGUUAAAAUAUUUAAAAUAUAUCAAUUUGAAAUGGUGUGAGUCCAUUACAGAAUUACCUGAGUUGUGUGCCCCAAGCCUAGAAGAAAUGGAUCUUUCCUAUUGUCAAAAUUUAGUUAAGGUUCAUGAGUCUGUUGGAUUUCUUGAUAAGCUUCAGAUAUGGAAACUCCGAGGUUGUGGAAAACUUCAAAUUCUUCCAAACAACCUUAGGUUAAAAUCUCUUAAGGAGUUUGUUCUUAUGGACUGCUUAGGGCUUGAGAAGUUUCCUAAUAUUGAUACAGAAAUGAAAUGUUUAACGCAAUUGAAUUUAUGUGGGAGUGGUAUACGAGAACUGCCUUCAUCAAUCAAGUAUCUCACUCGGCUUUCUAGCUUAAACUUAAAGGAUUGCGAAAAUCUUAGGUAUCUUCCAGAUGACAUCUAUAAGUUGCAACUUCUUUUUGGACUAUUUAUUCCCACUGCCAAAUUGGGACAGACAUGCGAUUAUUUGGAUGGCUUAUCUAGUUAUGGGUUUUUGAUGUUAUAUUUCGUGAGUUUUAGGGGCAAUAAAAAUAUUGUUGAAUUAGAUAUUUUGAUGAAACCUGAGUACUUCCCAGUACUGAAACAUCUAGAUCUAUGUGCAACUAAUAUUGUUAGCAUCCCGGAAAGCCUUAGCAGAUUUACUACAUUAGUGUCACUUGAUAUAGGACAUUGCAAGUAG